AUGUAUCCUGCACUUCCAACCAUCCCCUCGGCCUUCACGUAUGAUUGCCUGAUUGUCAAUGGCACUGUCGUGACAGCCUCGGAUACAGCUUGCUAUGACAUUGCCAUUAAGGAUGGGAAAAUCGCACUUCUCACCCCCACGGGUGUCUUGGAUCAUACUGUCUGCAAGCGCGUCAUCGACGCAGAAGGUGCAUAUGUAAUGCCCGGCGGGAUCGACGCCCACGUUCAUCUGGCAGAGCCCCAGCUCUUUGGCAAAGGACGCACGGCCGACGACUUCACGACUGGCACCCGGUCCGCCAUCGCUGGCGGCACGACGACCAUCAUCGCUUUCGCACCGCAGGACAAGAGAGACAACUCCCUGCUCCCUGCUCUGGAAGAAACUUCGCUCAAAGCGUUGGACAGCACCUACUGCGACUACUCUUUCCACCUGCUCAUCUCAAACCCCUCGCCAGCCGCCCUCGACGACUUUACUCGCCUGCGAGAUCGUGGCAUCUCCUCGGUGAAAAUUUACAUGACUUAUGAGGCACUACAGCUCCGUGACAACCAGAUCCUCGACGUUCUUCUCCGCGCACGACAGACAGGCAUCACGACCAUGAUCCACGCUGAAAAUGGAGACGUACUAACUUGGAUGACCGCCAAGCUCGAAGAGCAGAAUCUGCUCGCUCCCAAGUACCACGCAACUUCGCGGCCGCAGAUCUUAGAGUCGGAGGCGACGAAUCGCGCGAUCGCACUAGGACAACUCAUCAACACGCCCAUCCUGAUUGUACACGUCUCAUCUCCGGCGGCGGCGGAGGUGAUUCGAAAUGCGCAAACAAGGGGACUACCCGUGUAUGCGGAGACGUGUCCGCAGUAUCUCUUUCUAACUCGACAAGAUCUGGAUAAGCCCGGUUUUGAGGGUGCCAAGUGCGUGUGUUCGCCGCCUCCUCGCGAAGGAAAGGAGGACCACGAGGGGAUCUGGAAGGGACUACAGAACGGAACGUUCACGAUCCUAUCAUCGGAUCAUUGUCCUUUCUUCUACAACGAUAGCGAGAUUGGGAAGAAAGCUGCGAUCACGGAGGAUGCGCCGGUCGGACGAUUUAAGUACAUCCCGAAUGGGUGUCCUGGGGUAGAAACGAGAUUGCCUUUGGUCAUGAGCGAGAAGAGACUGACCGUUCAAAAACUUGUCGAGGUGACGAGUGCCAACCCGGCCAAGCUGUAUGGGCUCUAUCCGAGGAAGGGCGCGUUGAUUCCGGGCAUGUCCGAUGCGGAUCUGGUCAUUUGGUAUCCAGAUUCUAUGCCGCCAUUCAGUAUUACCAAUGACAUGCUGCAUCACAAUGUCGACUAUACACCGUUCGAGGGCAGAGUUGUCUCUCAGUGGCCGCGGUAUACACUGAUUCGUGGAGAGGUGGUGUGGGACAGAGACAAUGGGGGCAUAGUUGGCAAGAAGGGCUAUGGGCAGUUUAUCAAGAGGGAUCGAAGUGUUUGGGCGAGUGCUGACCCAUCCGGUUGGGAUGUUGAAAAGUGUUGA